AUGUCGGGUGACAAACUCCUGAGCGAACUCGGUUAUAAGCUGGGCCGCACAAUUGGAGAGGGCAGCUACUCCAAGGUGAAGGUGGCCACGUCCAAGAAGUACAAGGGUACCGUGGCCAUCAAGGUGGUGGACCGGCGGCGGGCGCCCCCGGACUUCGUCAACAAGUUCCUGCCGCGAGAGCUGUCCAUCCUGCGGGGCGUGCGGCACCCUCACAUCGUGCACGUCUUCGAGUUCAUUGAGGUAUGCAACGGGAAGCUGUACAUUGUGAUGGAAGCUGCCGCCACCGACCUACUGCAGGCCGUGCAGCGCAACGGGCACAUCCCCGGAGUGCAGGCUCGUGACCUCUUCACGCAGAUCGCCGGCGCCGUGCGCUACCUGCACGAUCACCACCUGGUGCACCGCGACCUCAAGUGCGAAAACGUGCUGCUGAGCCCGGACGAGCGCCGCGUCAAGCUCACAGACUUCGGCUUUGGCCGCCAAGCUCACGGUUACCCAGACCUGAGCACCACCUACUGCGGCUCCGCCGCCUACGCGUCACCGGAGGUGCUCCUGGGUAUCCCCUACGACCCCAAGAAAUACGACGUGUGGAGCAUGGGCGUCGUGCUCUACGUCAUGGUCACCGGGUGCAUGCCCUUCGACGACUCGGACAUCGCCGGUCUGCCCCGGCGCCAGAAGCGCGGCGUGCUCUACCCCGAAGGCCUGGAGCUCUCCGAGCGCUGCAAGGCCCUGAUCGCCGAGCUGCUGCAGUUCAGCCCGUCCGCCAGGCCCUCGGCAGGCCAGGUAGCGCGCAACUGCUGGCUACGCGCCGGGGACUCGGGCUAGAAGCCCAGGUUCCCGCAAUUCCUGCAGCCGAGGAUACUGAGCCAGCGCAGCGGACGCACGACAGGCGCGCUUGAGGGAACCCAAGCUGCCGCGCGUUACUGCGCAUGAGCCUUCUCGCUUCCCCUUCCCUCCCCUCCCCUCCCUCCCACCCGCCACGCAGGCUGCAGUUGCCCGGGUUCGGACUCCAAGUCCUCCACGAACCGGAGAGCUGGAGGCGCAUGCGCCUCCGUAAUUCCUAGCCACCGGGCCCCGUGAGGGACGAGACCAGAGGGGACAGAAGCGUUGCGUCUGCGCGGAACGAGCUCAGGUUCUGAGCGGAGGGGGUCCCUUCCCCAACCAGCUGAGGGUACUCGGUUCCCGAUUGGAACCUGCAAUAAACUCGCUGUUCCUUGCACCU